UUGCUAGCCGUGGCCAUCUACAACAACCAAUCUGAAAGCGAGGAAGAGUUACAAUUCAAAAAGGGGGAUGUCCUGGCUGUUUUGGAUAUAAAUUUUAACGGUCUGAAUGGCUGGUGGCUCUGUAGGCGGGGCGAAGAGAUUGGAUUGGUUCCUGGAAAUAGGGUUGAGUUGAUU